GCUUACUCCACACCACACAGGCAGCUGGAGAGAGGGAAGACGUAAUGGUUUGAUUCCCCGUGCGCUUGCAAUGGUCGUCGUCCUGACAUUACUCGGCAAAUUCCUCAAACGGGAAGUGCAAUGAAGGCUGCCGCUUGACGCCUCUGCCGUUCCCGCCUGAACCCGCCGUAUCUCCGUCGUCCCCGGAGUCAGAGUCCUGGUCGGAGCCGCUGUAAAUCACCUCGGCGGGAGCAUCGUCCAUGUGGGCGUCAUGCUGUGGGCUGCUGAACGAGGUGAUGGGCACGGGCACGGUGCGGGCACAGCAGCCGGGGUUCGGAGCAGGGGCGGGGCCCUUCCGCUUUGCUCCCAGCGCCGGGUACUCCACCUACCCCCCCACCAGCUCAGGGAGCGCUGGACAGCUGUGCAAGGCCUGCGGACUGGCCUUCUCUGUCUUCAGACGCAAGCACAUCUGCUGUGAUUGUAAGAAGAGUUUCUGCGCCCUGUGCUCGGUUCUUCAGGAGAACCUGCGCUGCUGCACAACCUGCCACCUGCUGCGCGGCACAGCCUUCCAGAGACCUCGGCUCAUGCAGCUCAGAGUAAAAGACCUGCGCCAGUACCUGCUGCUACGCAACAUCUCCACCGACACAUGCAGGGAGAAGGAGGACCUGGUGGACCUGGUGCUCUGUCACCAGGGGACGAGGGAAACCCCGAGACCAGUAGUGGAAGAGGACGAGGAGGAAGAGGAGGACGAUGAGGAGGAGGAAGUGGACACACAUGAGGAGGAGGAGGAGGAGGAGGAGGAGGAGGAAGAUGAAGGGGAAGAUGACACAGACAGUCUGCACUCACUCCCCCACUCGCGCACCGCCUCGCCCCCCUGCGCCACGCGCUCUGCUUCCGAACAGUCGGCCCUCUCCGCCUCUCAGGGAGACGUGCUCAGCCCAAGUGACAGCUCAGGGACCACCAGCCAGGAGCACGAGGACACUCCAACAGCGUCUCUCUUGACCCUGGAGCCCACUGAAAAUAUCUUAGAGGUCAGUCCGGCGACACAGAGGAGGAUCAGGGCCUCACUGUCUGAUCUGGACAAUGAAGAGGCGAUAGAAAACCUCUCCGUCCGCCAGCUGAAAGAGAUUCUCGCCAGGAACUUUGUCAAUUACUCUGGCUGCUGCGAGAAGUGGGAGUUGCUGGAGCGAGUGCAUCGACUCUACAGAGAAAAUCAGCAGAACAGGAAAUCCAUGGGCAAUGUGAGCAUAACUGCAGUGGUUGCAUAUCCUCCACCUCUCUGCAACAGUGGAGUCGGAGAUGGUGUCAAAGCUCAGCUGGCGGCUGAUGAAAACUUGUGUCGCAUCUGCAUGGACGCCAUCAUCGACUGUGUCCUGCUGGAAUGUGGUCACAUGGUAACUUGCACCAAGUGCGGAAAGAGGAUGAGCGAGUGCCCCAUCUGCAGGCAGUACGUGGUUCGGGCCGUGCACGUCUUCAAGUCUUAAAACUCUUUUGUGUGUGUGCGCGCGUCAGAGUGGCCCCUUCAGGCGUGCACAGAAAGCACCGAGCCCUGAAUUCAUCACUGAGGAUGAACUGCCAUGCAUGACGUCUCGCAGGGCCUAAUGCUGCAGCAGGCACGAGCAACUUCUCGGUCUCUGAAACCAGACUGUUGCCUCUUGCCUACCACGAUUUGUUUCCCGUCCCCUCCUUUACUAACUCAUGUUCCAGUCCCACUUCUCCUUCCUGGUGGACUAUCAUCAGCUGCACCGGGACAGCUCUUUCUCUCUUUGGUCUUUUAAACACACAGCAGAAACCCCUGCCAUCACUUUCACUUCCUAUUCUCUGUUUAGAUUUUACUCACGGGAGAGUAGAGGACGUGGGUUCCAUAGAUACUUGAAGUGGAUCAGGUUGUUCUGGGCGGUGAAGAGACAAAGAUUGAAGAAAAAUAUAAGAUCCCAGGGUUAGAGUCAAUAUGGUUUACACAGACGUGCCACAUGACACCGCGUUAUCUCCCUCAGUGUUCUUUAGGAUUUGCAAUAUCAGAAAAAAAAAAAGACGUAAUGUGUGUCUUUAUUGAAAUGUCUAUUCAUUAAUCCAAACACUACAUGCACCGAGUCAUCUCAUCUCACACACAGGAGGGUGUAAGGUGCCAAACGUCAUGCCUUUGAUCGAUUUUUGGUUAAGAUUUCACAGUAUAUGCAUCUCAUAACCAGCAAGCUUGGUGUGAUAGUUUACUCUAUUUUUUUCUCAAAUGAACUUUAGUAAAAUAAAGUAUGUACAAGUAAAAAUCGGAUCUAAAACGAAAUGUGCACAUGUGAUUUCUGCCAUAAAACCUGCUGCCUGGUCACGCCAUGUGCUGCACUACAUUCCUGCUACAUCUACUAAGAGUGAAAGUUGAAACAGCUGUUUGACAAAAAGAAAAUAAACAUCUGAGCUCAAGGCCCACUUUCUAGCUUCUUCCUAGGCUUUCAACCACGUUACACUGGCUGUGGAGUUUGCUCAGGUGCCGUGGCGAUGGCUCAGCUUAACAUCACUUGACAUCAAGUGCUCAUAUGUGAUUGUGUGAAAGGCCUCAUACUUCUCCUGAGGAAGACCAUGAGAUGCAACAGAAAGCUCCAGAAAAAAAGCUAAUAAGAGGACCUUGAGUUAAGAUUUUUUUUGUUUCAUUUUAAAUAACUUCCACCAAGCAAUACCAUUUAGUUUCCCAGUCUACCAAGUGUCUUUCUUUGAUUGUGUUGUCCCUUAACGUGUCAAAUCUUAUGUAACAGGUGCUACUUCCUCUUUUCUGAGUGUUAACAUCAACAUACCUUUUUGUCAAGGCGUCCUUCCAAAUAUCCAUCACACAGUGAGAGGUAGAGGAAGCCUGGUUUACUUUAACCUGUUAUGCAAAUGAAACACUUUGUUUUCUUGUCAUGAGAUCCAGUUAACUCAGAUGUCACUAAAAUAUCUGUGUUCGGUAUGCCUGUGCUAUGUAUAAACAAAAAAUAGAUGAAAGAAGCUGAAUUGCUGUCAAGUGAAUCACAUAGAUAGCUUAUAUUGUUGUUUACUGAUAAGUCAUUAAAUGUAUAUUUUUCCAUGUACUUGGGAGACGACAUUAUUUAAAAUUCUAAUUGUUACGGAGGUUUAAAAAUAAAACAUACCGUUUUUUCAGAAUGUAUCUCUGCUGGUUUUGGUCAGACGAGUUCCCCAGUCCUCUUGACCGUGUCACUCUCUCACCAUUAAAGUUGCGUCAGUCAUGGUCUCGCUUUCUAGCACUUUUUGUCGCCGUCUGCUUCAGAUCCAAAACAGACACUGACACCAUGCACGGUAACAAACACUGUAACUCUGCGAGUCUGUAAAUGUCGAUGCUGCUGUUUCUCAAAGAUGUCAUUCAUGGGCAGCUACAGUAUUAUCAGAGUUGGGGUUAUCCUGAGCACUCAUAAUCCUGGAUCUUUAUAUUUUGGAUUGUUGAACCUUUUUUUAUUUUGGUAAACAAGAGAAAAUGAUUUAUUAGAUUCAAUAAAAUGCAGUACUACAAA